CGCGAGUUGAAAAUAUUUGACGAAUAGCUUUCUUCGCAACCUGAAAAAUUUAGCUGCAGUUCAAAAACAUCACGCAGUCAUGUCGUUUAAAGACUUGAGAAAUUUUACAGAGAUGACCAGAGCUCUAGGAUAUCCAAGAUUAAUAUCCAUGGAAAAUUUUCGGACACCAAACUUUCCUCUUGUCGCCGAAGUUCUAAAGUGGCUGGUUAAAAGAUAUGAUCCAAAUGCUGAUACCCAUGGAGACACUGACACUGAACAAGAUAGAGUCAUCUUUGUAAAAUCUGUAGCCGAGUUCAUGGCAACUAAAGCUCACAUUAAACUCAACACCAAAAAGUUAUAUCAAGCGGAUGGCUAUGCUGUUAAGGAGUUGUUGAAGGUGACAUCUGUUCUGUACAACGCCAUGAAAACAAACGUAAUUGACCAGCUGGACAACCCAGAUGAUGAUAUGUCUCACCUGUCAUUUGAUGUCUCAUCCAGGAUAAGUGAGCUAAAGGAAGCAAGAAGACUGGCAUCAGAGAUCACAACAAAGGGAGCUACACUAUACGACCUUCUGGGUAGAGAGGUGGACCUCAGGGAACAGAGAUCAAUGGUGAUCGCCAAGUCUCUGGAGAUCAAUGAGGUGGAGAGUGGAAUGGCCCACUCCAUCAAGGCAGUCGAGGGUGAGGUAAAGAAGACACUCCACAUGUUAGACAAUGUGGCUUCAGAUGAGGCCAAUCUGGAGGCCAAGAUUGAUAAAAAGAGGAACGAACUAGACAGGAACAACAAGCGUUUACAGACACUACAGAGUGUGCGGCCGGCUUACAUGGAUGAGUAUGAGAAACUAGAGGAGGACCUACAGAAGUUAUAUGAGAUCUAUAUGAAUAAGUUCAGAAAUCUCACCUACCUAGAAUCACAGCUGGAAGACUACAACAGAGCAGAACAAGAUAAGUUUGAGGAAACAGAAGAGAAGCUGAAACAGAUGGCCCAAAGACUGAAGGAUGAGGAAAUGAAGCGUGAUGUCAUUACACAGGAUGAUGUUAUGGGAGGUUCAGAUGAUGAGGAUGAGGACGAGGACAGUGAUGACGAGGACGCCAUAGAAAGACCUGCGAGAACUAGACCUGAUGCUGCCGCGGGCGAGAGGAAACAGAGGGUGAUGGGCUCAAUGAUGGGGGAUAUCAGUGAGAAUGAGACAGGGUCUGACGGAUCUGAUGACUCCGAGAUAGAUCUUGAUGAAGAUGAUCAAGAUGAAAAUGACGAUGACGAAGAUGACAGUGGUGAUGAAGUGAUGAUGUCAAACAAUCCUCGUGCACGACAACGACAGCAACCAAAUGAUGUUGAUAGCGACAAUGAUUUUUAAAACACUACAUCAAUCAGUUCAUUGAGUUUUAUUAGAAAUGUAUGUUAUAUUGUGACAGCUGUUAUAGGGGUUCUCUGGGUGUUGUCCCAUAUGAUGGCAGUACAUGAAUGGAUGAUGCAAAUUUUGCCAAUAUUAAAUGUUGACAUUAAUAUUGAUAUUUUUGACACCAGCAUAUUGAAGGCCUUGUUAUUAGAGAUUUUAGUUACAACUGCAAGUGUUACAAGAAUGUAACUUUUUACAUUUAUUUAUCUAUAAAAAAUAUACAAAAUGAAAUAAGCUGUUGUGAUCUGUGAUAAUAAAACAUGUCUUAAUUUAUGCAUGGUCCUG